AUUAAAUUGUGGAGACGUUUGUUUGAUUUUCAGAGUGUCAAAGAGAAACCAAAGACGAAAUUUAUUAUUAUUUUUCACAAUCGCCGUCUCCCCUUCAACACUUCUAUACGCUCGCUUCUUCAUCAUCUCUCCUUCUCUCUAUCUCUCUAUCUCUCUAUCUCUCUCUCUCCGCCGUCCCUUUCCUCUCCGCCGUUUUCCCUUCUCUCCGCCACCGGCACCGCCACUUCGGCUGAAGCUGACCGAACCGAACCGAACAAACAGACAAAAACCCUAUUCGCUCUUCCGAACAACCCAAGCCUCAUUUUCUCUCAUUCCCAAUCCCUUUCCCUCUCUCUCUCUCUCUCUCCGCCGCCGCUUUCUUUUUUCACACUCUGAAACUCUCUCUCGCUCUAUCUAUCUAUCUAUUCUGUUGUUGCCCUCUUCAGACGCAUUUCCUUUUUGUUUUCGGGAUAUACAGCAACCACUGGGAGGCAGUUAUUGAAACAGUUGCGCCUUCUGGGGUUCGUCAAUCAGUCUUGAGGGUAGGGUUAGUUCUUCGUCUUCAUCGGAUAUCUCACAGGUUAUAUUAUCUAUCUCUUCUGUAUUUCUCUUGCGGGUUUGGACCUCUGCGGAUUUUAUUUUUUUUUCGGAAGGUGCAUAUUUGGUUUAGGGUUUCUGAUAUAUUUUUUUGGGGGGGCACAUUCAAUCGGAGUUGGGAUUCUGGGUUAUUCCAAUUUCUUGUUUCUUUAGGGUUUCUUUUUAUUCUCUCUGAUCGAACUGUUUUGACCUGGACAAUCUUAUGUUUUGAAAUUGCUUCACCUCUUUAUUCGUGAGGUAUACCUUCUUUAUGUUUCUGCAUCUCAACCGAUGACCUCAAAGAUGAGGGUUUUCUGAGCGUGUUUUGCUGACCGAAUCUACACUUAAUCAAACACGGAGGCCGGGAGACGACAGUGAGGCCUUUCCUUUUUUACCAUUCUUUUUAAUUGAACCGCUUCAUCUUAUGCUUGCUAUUUCCUCUGUUUUCAUCCUCUGAUAUUCCACUCCCGUGUGAGAGUUAGGUAUAUUGAUUUUGCACAUAAGAUAAGAUGAAUCCCGUUCAGAAUGCGUUCAGCUUGUAGCCAGAUUGGUAGCUACUUGCUUUGAUACCGGUGGCUGUGAAGUAGGAUAGUUGUAGAAGAUAGACUUCUUUAGUAGCAUUCAGGAUAUAAAUUUUGAGAACCAUUCUCUUGGUUCACUACCGUGGGCGAGUUUGAAACUCUGAAGCAAUUCACUGCGCAUGCCUAUCUUUGCUGGAAACCUGGAUAUGCCAUAAAGUUGAUGACACAAACGGUUUGUUGCCGUGACUUGCAUAGUCAGGGAUACUCGUGAAAGUUCAUCCAGCUUAAAAUAGAAGGCAUUUGAAAUAAUAAAGUACAGGCUAGGGUUUUAUAAAUUCCUCUGCACAAGGAGUACGGUUUUUGGAAAUUUGAGGUGGUAAAGAAGGCAAGAAGUGUUUUUUUCUUCUGAUAUUUUGAUCAUGUUCAAUAUUCCUUAUGGAAAGAAGUGAACCCACAUUAGUUCCAGAAUGGUUGAGAAGUACUGGAAGCGUUACUGGUGGCAGCAAUUCAAACCACCAUUUUCCGUCAUCUUCUUCCCACUCAGAUGUGCCAUCUCUAUCUCAAUCAAGAAAUAGAAUUUCCAAGACCACUGGCGAUUUUGACACUUCGCGUUCUGCUUUCCUUGAUCGGACAUCUUCAUCAAAUUCAAGGAGAAGUUCGAGCAAUGGUUCUUCCAAACAUGCAUAUAGUAGCUUUAACAGGGGUCAUCGUGAUAAGGACCGUGAGAAAGAAAAGGACAGGUUAAACUUUGGGGAUAGUUGGGACCGUGACUCUCCUGACCCUCUGGGAAAGAUUCUUUCCAACAAGAUUGAUAAGGAUGCUCUGCGGCGGUCCCAUUCAAUGGUAUCCAGGAAGCUAGGUGAGCGUGAGUUGUUUCAUAGAAGAGCUGCAACAGAAUUAAAAAAUCACAACAACAGCAAUGGAAUUCUUUCUGGAACUAGUGUCAGCAGUAGCAUUCAGAAAGCUGUAUUUGAAAAAGAUUUCCCAUCACUGGGUUCUGAAGAAAAGCAGGGAGCAUCAGAAAUUGGAAGAGUUUCAUCUCCUGGUUUGAGCUCACCAGUUCAAAGCUUGCCUAUUGGAAAUUCAGCCUUAAUUGUUGGUGGAGAGGGAUGGACCUCUGCUCUUGCUGAGGUGCCCAGUAUGAUUGGAAGCACCACAGGGUCAUCGUCGUUUCAACAAACUGUUCCUGCUACAUCAGGGGCAGGGCCUCUGAGUGUGACAGCCGGACUUAAUAUGGCUGAAGCGUUGGUGCAGGCUCCAUCUCGAGCUCGUGCUACUCCCCAGGUAUCUGAGUUAUCUGUCAAGACCCAGAGGCUCGAGGAAUUGGCUAUUAAACAGUCCAGGCAAUUAAUACCAGUGACGCCUUCUAUGACUAAAGCUAUGGUGCUUAAUCCUUCGGAUAAAUCAAAGCCCAAAUUAGCAUCAAGAACUGGAGAACUUAAUGUAACCAUCAAGGGUGGACAACAACAGCCCUUGUCAGUUCAUGCCAACCAAUCUCGUGGAGGACUUGUCAAGUCUGAUGCUCAAAAGAGUGCUCAUGGGAAGUUUCUUGUUUUGAAACCUGUAAGAGAAAAUGGUAUCUCCCUUGCAGCAAAGGAUGUCUCAAGUCCUACUAGUAAUGCAAACAGCAUGGCAGUAAAUAGCCAGUUCGCUCUUGCAUCUGCAGUUGCACAUGCUCCUUUGAGAAGCCCAAAUAAUACAAAUGUUUCUUCCGUGGAGCGCAAAAUUGCUAGCUUAGAUCUCAAAUCUGGAACAACUUUGGAAAAAAGACCGUCCUUAUCUCAAGUCCAGAGCCGGAAUGAUUUCUUUAACCUCAUUAAGAAGAAAACUUCAAUGAGUUCUGCUGUACUCUCAGAUUCAUGCUCUUCUGUUAAAUCUCCUUCAAUUAGCCAUUCUAAUGAACUAACAAGGGAAGAAACGGAUAUGCCUGCAAGUCCUCGUGUUAUUGAAAAUGGUGCUGUGGAGAAUAGAAAUGGAGAUGGUUCUGAAGAGGUUCGUGCGUCUUGUGACACUGGUGAAAAAACUGAGAGCCACGUUGCUGCAGAAUCUCUAGAUGAAGAGGAGGCUGCUUUUCUUCGUUCUCUUGGAUGGGAUGAAAACUGUGGUGAGGACGAAGGCCUUACUGAAGAAGAAAUCAAUUCUUUCUACCGUGAGUACAUGAACUUGAAGCCAUCUCUGAAAAUGGGCCGAUGCAUUAAGCCAAAGAUAUUUGUGCCAUCUGAAUCUCAUGAGGACAGCAAGGAUGGAGCCGGUUCUGAAUUGAGUUCAUCUGACUCGGAAGCCUGAAUUACUUUUUUUCUUUUUCACCCAUGAGAAGUUCUAGUUCACAAUUUUUAAUGGCAGUGGAGUUAGUUUUUUUUUUCCUUUUUCUUUUUAAUUUUUUUCCCUUUCUUUUUGUUUUCAUGGUUUUAAAGAAAUGCUGAUGAGAGUUGGGUUGGAAGAAGAGGUGGAUGUUAAUUGAACACUGAACAGUGCAAAUAGUGCAAUAAGUUACAGUUGCCCAAAUCAUCCUUGCUGCCUACCUUUACAGCGGGAGUUUUUGCGGUUUUUUAAAAAGGGCAGUUGCUAAGGUUUGGCAGGCCGCCUGAAAGAUGUGUAUGGAAAUUGCAUCUUUUGGUUUAUUUUGCUUUUUGAUUCUGGAAGUUGCUAGAAAAAAAGGGGGGAAAAAAAAAGGUGUUUCUGCUUCUUCAAAGGAAAUUGGGAAAUUAUGGAAAAAUGAAAAAGGUUUCUAUCUUCGUUCGUUCGGUAUAUAUUGAUUUGUUGUUUGGGAUGUUACCUUCCUACAGUUGGGUAGUAUUAUAUUAGACUUGUUUGACAUUGAAUAAA